UCUUUAACGUGACAAUGGCCCUUCAAGCUGCUUCUUUGGUCUCCUCUGCUUUCUCUGUCCGAAAAGAAGGAAAAUCAAAUGCUUCAUCAUCAACAUCAUCAUCAUCUUUCAAAGAGUCUAGUCUUUUUGGUGAUACACUUUCAGACCAAAUCAAAGCUGAUUUUGUCUCUUCCUCCUUGAGAUGCCAGAGGGAACAAAGCUUGAGGAACAAAGGAGCAAUUAUUCGAGCUCAAACAAUCGCGACUUCAACCCCAUCGGUCACACAAUCUACCUUGAAUCGCAAGAAAACCGUUAGAAAAAGGAAAUUUAUCGUCACUGGAGUUCAUCAGGGCUAGUGUAAUGACCCGAUU